AGUAGGGCCUAAUCAUGAUUAGCAGCCACCGGUGAUUGCACCGCCAUGGAUGGACGAUAAUCAAAGCUAACAACAAUAAUCUCGACACACCACGCGGGCACUUUAAAAAUUGAAAAGCCCUUAGAACGUUGCGAUAACAGGAGCUUAUAUAAGGCACGGUUCCAUGAGUGUGCCAGUGCACGUAUUCUGAGGUCAAGCAAAUUCCAGUACUAGAGCUCGAUAGGGUGACAAUUGACGCCAUGGGUAGUAAUUUGAAGAAUGCAGUGAUUGCUUUCCUGGUUCCACUUCCUUCAAUUUUCUUCUACCUUUCCCUUCUAAACCAUCAUCAUGCCAACAUUAGUGAUGGCACUGGUCUUUCUCCUUUAUGGGCAUGGUGCGUUGACCACCCUCUUCUAUUGGUCAAUAUUCUCUUCUUCUUCAACGUUAAUGUCCUCUUCUGGUUCAUCAGUCACAUCCAAUCCAGCCACUGGAUGAUAGAUCUGUACUGGACUGUUAUACCGAUAUUGCUCGUUUACUAUUAUGCAACUUACCCUUUUGCCCAGUAUAACUGGCAGAGGUCCAGAAUUGUGAUAGCAAUAACAUGGGUGUGGAGUUUGAGGCUUACCCAUAACUACUUUAGGCGGGAGAAGUGGCAGUGGGGUGCUAGAGAGGACUGGAGGUUCACUGAUAUGCGUGGUCGGUACGGCAAGCAUUGGUGGUGGAUUUCCUUUUUCUCUGUCUAUUUCUCGCAGCAGAUUUUUUUGAUUGGAGUAUGUCUGCCAUUUUAUAUUGUUCACUCGGUUGAUAAGCCUUUGAAUGUCUGGGAUUUUGUUGCUGUUGCUGUCUGCUUGUGUGGUGUCGUGAUAGCAUAUUUUGCUGAUACACAACUCCAUGAAUUUGUGACAAGAAACAACAAAUUAAAAGAGCUUGGAAAGCCAAUGGUACCUAAUCUUGACAGGGGUUUGUGGUGUUACUCGCGGCAUCCUAACUACUUUGGGGAGCAGUUGUGGUGGUGGGGCCUAGUCUUAUUUGCCUGGAACCUGGGACAUGGAUGGACAUUUGUCGGGGCUCUCGUUAAUAGUUUGUGCUUGGCAUAUGUUACUGUGCUUGUAGAACAGCGGAUGCUGAAACAGCAGUAUAGAGCCGAAGCAUACAGGUUGUAUCAGAAAACCACUUCAGUAUGGAUCCCUUGGUUCAAGUCAUCUUCCUUUGCUAAUGAAGAUAAGAAAAAUUGAUCUGAUUUGCAUUCCGCUAAUAAAUUUCAGUUGUUGCUUAUCUGAAUUAUUAGUAAACUCUAUUGUUUAUCAUCAAGUGUUUAGUUGUUUAUCUGAAAUUGUAUGCUUGUAGCUAAAUAGACUAGUCUGUGAAAUUGUAUAAAUUCCAUCUCAUUUCGUAUGAAGUUUUACUUUGAAUCUUUUAUGAUUAUGUGAGAAGCUCGGUUUUCCAUGAA